CCCAACAUACCUACUAGACGCCGUUUCUAGUUUUCCCUUCGGAACGAACGAGCAUCUCGGGGAUCUUUGUUUCAGCGUCACGGCCGUGCAUCACCAGAGUUUCCUCGGAACUCUAAUUCUCCCCCAUCAUGUCGGGUGUCACUCCAUCUUUCCACGGCAUCGUGCUCAACAGCAGGGAUGCCCUCCUACUAUUCACGGACGCUAUUCAGGGCCAUAUUCCUAUGAUCACCCGUCGUCCUCACGACAAGGAACGUGCCUCCUCAAUCACGUCGGGAAAUAUCUUCAUCUACUGCGAACAUGGCUCGUCAAUCAAGCGGUGGACCGAUGGAGUCACCUGGAGUCCCAGCAGGAUCAUGGGCAACUUUCUUAUCUACCGCGAGCUCAACAAAGGAUUUCCCCCCGGCGAAAAGAAAAGGGCCGCGAAGAAGAAGCAACACCCAGAUGACGGCAGUGAGAGCCCUCACGAGCAGACGGAGGAAGAUCUGCUUCCGCCUGUGAAUAUCAGCAAGGAUGAAGAGCGAAUGCUCAUCGGUUCCCUUAUCGAUUCCUACGACUUCAAGAGGGAAGGGUUAGUGAAGAAGACGAUUAGCGUCAAGUACCAGGAUCAGGUGUACCAUCUCGUCUCCUAUUACACCCUGCGCCAUGCUAUGAGCGACCUCAUGAGUAGGCAGCCUUCGAGGAUGCCUGAGUUCGCCACCACGCAGCUCAUCGAUGAACUUGUCAACGGUCAGAAUUUCCGUGUUGCUGUUGACGUAAACGGAACGGAUAUUGCCAGCAACAACAACAAUACUCCUCCGCCUUCGACUGGCUCUCCGGGUCCAUCCUCCCACCGGUACCACGACGAGGAUCCCUACUCCCAUGGACACCAUCAGACUUACAUGUCGAGUUCAGGCCCCAGCGGGUACAAUUCGCCUCCCGUGCUCAACCGAUACGAUUAUCAAAGAGAGACGCUGUCUUACGAGACCUCCAGCACUUCUAUUCGCAACUGUUCCGGCUACGGCUCAAACGGAAGGAACGACGACAUAAGCCUUUAUUCGCCGUCCAUUCGGGACAACAUCCCGCGGUCGCAGAUGGCAUACCAACCCCCUCAAGAAUACCCUGGAUACCCACAGGAUAGCAGCGCGCGCUCAUUUUCCAUCGGUUCUGGUAUGCAUGGUGAUUCCCAUGCAAUGGAAGGCAACCCGCACCCCGGAAUGCCACAGGGCCGCUCCCAGUCGUACAGUGCCGGCGCACACUACAGUGGAAUGACCGACCCGUCGUCCUAUGUGAACGGCCCUCCUCCGAUACCACUGUUGGCGUCGAGAAGCAGCUUCACCAUGCAGCAGCAUCCCUUGGCGGCCGGUUCUGUUUCUCCUGAGAAGAACAACGGUUCUCAUGGAAGCUACCUCCCUUCUCCACGUCAGCAGCCUUCCACACCGGAGCACCCCGAAGAUCAAAGGCCUGGCCUGGGCUACCAAAUUGGAGAAGACCCCGUGACAUUCAGUCAACCCAACUGGUCGUAGUCGCCAACUUGACGACCAAAUAAUUGUGGCGUCGGAUU